GGCGAAGCCCUAGCUUUUCCGGCCAGCGCCCCCGCCGUCGCCGUCGCCGCCGCCGCCGAAGCAGAGAUGGUGUACUUCGAUUCGUGGGACGAGUUCGUCGACCGCUCCGUGCAGCUCUUCCGCGCCGACCCCAUCACCACGCGCUACAUGAUGAAGUACCGGCACUGCGACGGGAAGCUCGUGCUCAAGGUUACCGACGACCGCCAGUGCUUGAAGUUUAAGACGGACCAAGCUCAGGACGCAAAGAAGAUGGAGAAGCUCAACAACAUCUUUUUCGCUCUCAUGACUCGUGGACCUGACGCUGAUAUAAGCGAGGUUUCAGGGAAGGAACAGGCCGAGCAACAGCAAUCGAAGAAAGGACGGGGUGGCAGGAGGCAGUAGCAUCUCGAUUUCUCUCGGAAAGAUCACAGCUGGGUGUGGUGGGUAUACAAUUUGACCGACUCCUGUUGGCCCCUGCUAUGUUGUUGCUCUGAAGGAACUGUGAGCUAUAUAACUAGGGUCCUUUCCUAUUACAGAACUGAGAAAUGUACUUACCCACACAAUCAUGAUCGAUAAGGCAAUCGAAUCUUGACCGUUGUUUUGGGUGCUUUGUUGACGCUUUUUCGUUGAGCAAUAUGGCAAAGUAUUUUCGUGAAACUUC